GAACGAGGGAGCUGGGAUUUUGGGGGGCUUGCUCCUUUCACAGUUCCGGGGAAAAACGCCCCACUUUUCCAGGUAGCCGAAGCAGACACCGGUCAUGCGUGCUGCCGUCAUCACACCACACCUAGACAGCGCCAACGACACCCCAAAGUGCCUCCCACGGCAAGUCAACCACCAUGGCUGAGCGCGGGAAGCGCCAGGAUCCCAAGAACCCCGCAGCGCAACGCCGGGAGAAGCGCCGUCGACGAGCUGUCGGCGAGGAGAAUGCGUCCCAGGAAGACAAGAGAUUCGCGGUCCUGGGUCUUUUGAGGGCCGUAGUAGUGGCGGCGGGCGUCGUGGCAGCAGGAGAAGCUCAUCGUAGCCACUACCCUCAGGAACGGCAGCUCAACUACGAGCCCGAGCGACUUCCGUGGGUCCAACACGAGGUGGACCUCGAUCAACGGCACGGCUGGCGGCGGUCGUACCGCAUGGAGAAAGGCAAUUUCCACAAACUCGUCGAGCUACUCCGCCCUUUGCUGGAAGUCCACGCCUUCUUCGGCGGAGAAGCUCAUCGUAGCCACUACCCUCAGGAACGGCAGCUCAACUACGAGCCCGAGCGACUUCCGUGGGUCCAACACGAGGUNUCGUCGAGCUUCUCCGCCCUUUGCUGGAAGUCAACGCCUUAUUCGGCGGUGAGUGUUGAUGUGUAG